AUAUCUUUUGUAGCAAUAUGUUGGGAUCAAUGGUUCCCUGAGGCUGCAAGGGCUAUGGUUCUGCAAGGUGCUGAGAUACUCUUUUACCCGACUGCUAUAGGAUCUGAACCUCAAGAUUCUGAACUCGAUUCUAGAGAACACUGGAAGCGCGUUAUGUGCGGCCAUGCCGGAGCGAACUUGGUUCCUCUUGUGGCCUCUAAUAGAAUAGGAAAGGAAACAAUUGAAACAGAACAUGGUGAUAGCACAAUAAGAUUCUAUGGAAAUUCAUUUAUAGCAGGACCGACUGGGGAAAUUCUGGCUGUUGCGAAUGAUGAAGAUGAAGCUGUUUUAACAGCUGAGCUCAACCUGGAUAAGAUCAAGUCCCAGAGGCAUAGCUGGGGGGUUUUCAGGGACCGGCGCCCAGAUUUAUAUGAGGUUCUCCUAACGUUAGAUGGAACCAGAAAAUCAUCAUCAGGUCGUUGGAGAAGGAAAAAUCUAAAGGGACAAAUAUGAAGAAACAUCAAGCUG